UCUGCAUGGCGGCGCGCACAUUUCACUCUCGACUCGCGCGUCGCGGCAUAUUAUUUACAACCACGCCGGCGGAUUUGUUUUCCACGAUGCGGCGCGCGGCAGACGAACGCAUAUCGGCGAGAAGAGGAAGGAGCAACGAGAAUGAUCAUCACUCGCUCGCGAGCCAGCUUCCAGGCAGCAAGAAGAAGAAGAGGCGAAAAUCAUAAUGUUCAUCCGUGCAGCUUUGCUCCUGCUCUGCCUGCUCUUAGCGAACGCAAUCUGCGCGCCCGCUGAUUUUGGUGCAGGAGCCUUGGCAGCGUCAGCACCAACAAUAGGUUCGACCUCGGGCGGCAGCAACAACAAUGCCGUCGUGGACGGGCCGUCGCUGCUGGGCAGGAAGCCGGGCGGUCUGCGGCUCAUCACCGAAGACGAGCGGGACGUGCGAAUCAUCUUCCUCUUCGACUUCAAGCCGGUGCACCUCUUCCCCAAGCGAUUUUCGAGACGCAACAACGCCGCCAUCAGGAGAAAUAUCAUCACGAAAUACGACGUUGAAUGACUGAAUUAAUUUGAGGAGAAAACAAAAGGCGCAUAAAAAAUAAAAUUAUGCAUAUUGAAAUUGUAUUAAAGUGGAUCGAGACGGGGUGACGUAGUUGAAAAUUAUUUGAAUUGUUGGAUGCAAUAAGCAGUUUGAUUGAUAAACAAUUUGCAAUAAUCAAAAAUGGGCAUUGAUUCAGUUAAAAAUCAAUUUUUUUUCAAAUUUUCUCCUAAAUUGACAGCGGUUAAAGUGGAAUGAUACUGGGCAACAAUUGAAAAUUAUUUAAAUUGUUGGAUGCCUUAACAAUUGACCGAUAAACAAUUUGUUAAACAAUUUGCAAUAAUAAAAAAUGACCUUUCUACAAUAAAAAUUCAAAUUUCGCCAAUUUUCUCCAAAAUUUACAGUGCUUGAACAUAUUUUCUUGGCACAUUUCGAUUCCUCUCGUUGAGAUCUGUCCAAUUGUGUAUGCCACUUAUUGGGGAAACUCUUGAUUUUGAAAUUAAAUCGGAUUUCAAGUAAGGAGACAGCCAUUACCAUUUGAAAAGCACGGUAACUUUCCAGCCAAUUUUCUCAAAAAAUUACAGCGCUUCUUGGGUCAAUUUAGGCUUUAACUGAAUCCUAAGGGAUGAGUUUAUGCAUUAGCAACAAGCAUUUUCCACGCUUUUCCAGUAUCAUUCCUCUUUAACCACUUUUUCUUGGCAGAUUUCGAUUCCUGUCGGCGAGAUCUGUCUAACAGCGUAUGAAACCUUUUAGGGAAACUCUUUGUUGUGAAAUAAAAUAGGAUUUCAAGUAAGGAGACAGUUGAAAAUCAUAUUAACCUUGCAGCCACUUUUGUCAAAUGUUUACAGUGCUCCUUGGGUCAAUUUUUAAUUUCCUAUAAGGGAUGAUUUUAUUUAUUGGCAACAAUGAUUUUCCGGCAUUUUUUGCAGUAUCAAAAUCCUCUUUAAAUUAAGCUGUUUUUUUAAAUCAAUAAUAAGCCUGUAUACCCCCCCCCAUAAAUGAAUGUCAUUAAAAGCACUAAACAAUAACAAAAACAACAACUUGGGGCUAAAAAAUAAUUUUUCGAUGAAAUAUAAAAUAAACCGGAAAUGUAUGAAAUUUGGAGUACGUUUAUUUUUGUAUCGGGAAAACGUAAGAGGAUAUUACAUGUUAUUUCACUUGUAAACAUAGGGUGAUAAAUAUUUUGAAAACAUAUGGCAUUCAAGCCACGAACUCGAUAUAAUUAAAGAAUACAAAAUUUGGAUGCUGUGACCUUUCUCAAUUUACCCAUCCUGCAACUAUUUUUUAAUUUUAUUAUAUUUUUUAUUGUAAUUAUUAAAUAAUUCUGUAAAUAAAGUGAGACAAAUUUACAUAAAAAACCAAUGAAAAUAUAUUAUUUUUGUCUGUU